GAACAGAUUAACUGAAAUGACAGAGCGAUGUUUGGUGCUCAUGCAGUACAGUCAAACGCAAACGUGUCCAAGCUAGUCUCCUCAAUAUUGUCAAAUGCAACUCCAACCCUGGACGAACAUUGUGAGAGUGUUAAGAAGGAGGUGCUGGCCUCGAAUUUCUCCCUCCAUGAGUCCCACUGCUGGCGCUUCCUGUCUGUCUGCCCGCUCUGCGAUGAGCCCGUGCCCAAGGACCAGCUGCAGGAGCACCGCGACACAGAGCACAGCAAGGUUCGAUGCACGCUGUGCAAUAAAGAAAUGGAGAAAUGCAAACUGGAGAUACACCAGUCUGAGCAGUGUGCGGAGCGGCUGGUGAGCUGUGAGUUCUGUGACCUGGAGCUGCCCCUCAGUAAGCUGCAGGAGCACGGGGACGCGUGUGGGAGCCGCACCCAGCGCUGCCCCGACUGUGACCGCUACGUGAUGCACCGUGAGCAGGAGAGGCACAGCCGCGAGUGCAGGGGCAAGAGAGAGGGAGCAGGGGAGCAGCAAGAGGAGGAGGAGACAUACACCUUCUACAACCGCAGUUCCUUCUUCAAGGCUCCAUGUUGGUACUGCAUGAAGUCUUUCCCAGAAGAGGAGCUGAAGAAGCACCAGCUGGACUGCAGUCAGCCGUCCCAUCGCAAUGGACGUUUCCGUCCCACACCCUCCCCGCCCGUGCUGGGGGAUCCUCGGCCUCACUUUGGGGUCCCGCGGUCCUCCCGAUCGCCCACAUUCCCUCUGUGGGGGCUGGAAGGUCCGGACAGAGAGGACCGGGAAACUGAGGAUGAGAUCAUGACCUGCUUGAACUGCCACCUCGCCCUGCCCUCGGACACACUGCGCUGGCACCAGACUAAAUGCCUGCUGUACGAUGGUUUGAGGAACCCUGUAUAAAAAUGAAACUCGCCAGACUCCAGUGAAGUGUAAACGAUCCAUCAGUAACAUCCUUUAGGAGGACUUUCUUGCUGCAAGAGUGUUUAAGAGAACUCCCCUUGCCAAGAUUUCCAUUCAAUCUCUAUGCUGUGCAAAAGAUCUCCUGCCCUUAAAAACAUUACAAACCAUUCAUGCAGUCUGUACAUCAUCUAUUCCAUGGCAGCCUGUCUGAAUAACUGAAUACUGCACAGCAGUACUGAUUCGCAUUACAGAAUUCUAGUUUACAAAGACACGGCACGUUUGCAUUGCGUGUUCUUCUGAUUCGCAAUGCUGUGAACGUCAGCAUUAAGUACCAAGUUAUUAUUUUUCUUUUUUUUUUUUAAAAAAAUCAGAACACAAGCUGUAUUUAUGUAAUUUGAUACAUUCUAAAAAAAAAAAAAUAAUAAUAAUUUUCACAGAUUACAAAAAAUGUAACAAAAUGAGUGCAAGUUAGCAUAACAAUAUAAAGAGAAAAUGAAAACCACAGUUCAGAACUAUCCCAAAGAAUGACAGCGCAGCCUGUGGCCCGUGGCGCUUCACGUGUUAAGAACAGACUGAUUGUUCUAGUGCUUGUGCAAUAACUGACUCUAGUCCUACUCCUGUUUGCUGCUCCAUUGCCUUAUCUAUUAAACAUUAAGGUACCCUCACAGGUCACAUAGGGCUUGUGUGAAGGCUGGAAGCGAGUUUUUAAAUGGGUGUUUGAGUGUGAUCAGUAUUGACAGUGUGUGAGUUGCUGUAGUCAGUGUGUGAGGUGAGGUGGUGUUAUUGGCUCAGUAGCCUCCCUGUGCUACAGGAAUAUAUAGUAAUAACCCUGUUUGGUUUCUAUCUUGUAAUGCUAUUCAUAAAGUCAUAGACAGCCGUGUCUGUGCCGCCAAACACAAUACAAUAAACCUGCCUGUUUUCAAGCCUC